GUCCUCCUCGCCCUCCUCCUCCGCCUUCCCCCCCCUCCCCCCUCGAGAGAGCGGCGGCCCUGGCCAUGCCCCAGCGGCGUCCGCCGCCCCGGCCCGUCGCGAUCGCGAUCGGCAUGCGGAGCAUCGGGGCCAUCGCCGUGGUGGUGGUGCUGGCGGGCCUGGCGCUCAUGGGGUUCAAGGCGGUGGCCGCGCGGUGGUGCAAGAAGCGCGCUGCCAGAGCUCCCGGCGAGUCGAGUGGCAGCGACGGGGAGGACGAGGAGAGGAUGAGGACGAGUCCGACCCCGAGUUGGACAGCGCCUGAGCGCAGCCUUUCCCGCGGCUGCUGGGGGCCCUUGGCGAAGCGCGCUCGCCAUCACAGAGGAGGAGCAGGAGGACUGGAAGCACGAGUGUGCGGAUGAGGAUAAGCGCCUGAGCGCGCCGCCUGGGCGCCUCUCUCGGUGCCGCGCCGCGCCGGCCGGCCAGCGGCGCUGCCCCGUGGACUGGCUGCGCGCCUGCCCCGGGAACCGAGCUCUCUUCCCGUCCCUCCUCGCUGUGCACCUUUCUCCAAACGGCGAUGAGGGUUAAAUGAGCUGACGCUCGUUACUGCGGGCACGGAGACGCGAUUUUUCCACCGGUGGUGAGAGGACCAGGUUGCUCCACAGCGAUGCGGGCUCAAUGAGCCGACGGUCGUUGCUGCGGGCACCAGCGCUUUGUUGGAACGAAGACGCAUGCAUGUCCCUCCUGCGCGUCCUCCCCUCCCUCGUCGCGCAGACCGUGGAGGAGAGCA